CGAGCGCCUAAAUGGAGGCGAAUGGCGGGCUUUUGCAGGUGUGCGCGCGCCACGCUGUGUGAUUCAACAUGGCGACUUGUGCUGUUCACUUGAUUGACAAACGUCCCAGAAAAGUGAUCGAGCCCAGAGAGAUUUCUGUGGUAGUUGUGAGGACAGAACUGCAUGUAAAGCAUCCGUUACAAAACCGGUGGGCCUUGUGGUUCUACAAGAACGAUAAAAGCAAAAUGUGGCAAGAUAAUUUGAGACUCAUCACCAAGUUUGAUACCGUUGAGGAUUUCUGGGGGUUGUACCAUAACAUUCAGACGGCUAGCAAACUCUCGUCAGGAUGCGACUACGCAGUGUUCAAGGAUGGAAUUGAGCCCAUGUGGGAGGACAGGAGCAAUAAAUGUGGCGGCCGAUGGCUCAUUACACUCUCUAAACAGCAGAGACACUCGGAGCUCGACCGCUUUUGGCUGGAGACGCUGUUGUGUCUCAUCGGUGAGGGUUUUGGUCCCUUCAGUAGAGACGUCUGUGGAGCCGUCAUUAACGUUCGCGCCAAAGGAGACAAAAUCGCCAUCUGGACCACGAACACCGAGAACGCCGAGGCUGUAACGUACAUCGGCCGGAAGUAUAAAGAGUGUCUCGGGCUUCCGGCGAAGCUCGUGAUUGGAUACCAGGCCCACGCUGACACGGCAACCAAGAGCAACUCCAUCACCAAGAACAAGUUUAUUGUCUGAACAGAAACCUCGCUGUAUGUGGUUCUCACACUGAGCACUGACUUUCUCACAGUUUAUUUUCUUUUGAAUGCAUUCGGUCUAUGAAGUUUGUAAGUCGUGUGUGUUUGUUUUGUAUUUUUGAGCAUGUCGUCAUUUCUGUUUGACUUUCGUUGCCC